AUGGCUUCCAGUCCGCUGCCGGGGCCCAAUGACAUCCUGCUGGCUUCGCCUUCGAGCGCUUUCCAGCCCGACGCGCUGAACCAGCCGCGGCCAGGCCACGCCAAUCUCAAACCCAACCAGGUGGGCCAGGUGAUCCUCUACGGCAUUCCCAUCGUGUCGCUGGUGAUCGAUGGGCAGGAGCGCCUGUGCCUGGCACAGAUCUCCAACACGCUCCUCAAGAACUUCAGCUAUAACGAGAUCCACAACCGCCGCGUGGCGCUGGGCAUCACGUGCGUCCAGUGCACGCCUGUGCAGCUGGAGAUCCUGCGGCGCGCGGGGGCCAUGCCCAUCUCCUCACGCCGCUGCGGCAUGAUCACCAAGCGCGAGGCCGAGCGUCUGUGCAAAUCGUUCUUAGGCGAAAACCGGCCGCCGAAGCUGCCCGACAACUUCGCCUUCGACGUGUCGCACGAAUGCGCGUGGGGCUGCCGCGGCAGCUUCAUCCCCGCGCGCUACAACAGCUCCCGCGCCAAAUGCAUCAAAUGUAGCUACUGCAACAUGUACUUCUCGCCCAACAAGUUUAUUUUCCACUCCCACCGCACGCCCGACGCCAAGUACACGCAGCCAGAUGCCGCCAACUUCAAUUCCUGGCGCCGACAUCUCAAGCUCACCGACAAGAGCCCUCAGGACGAGCUGGUCUUCGCCUGGGAGGACGUGAAGGCCAUGUUCAACGGCGGGAGCCGCAAGCGCGCGCUGCCCCAGCCGGGCCCGCACCCCGCCUGUCACCCGCUCAGCUCCGUCAAGGCCGCGGCCGUGGCCGCCGCAGCGGCGGUGGCGGGAGGCGGGGGUCUGCUCGGCCCGCACCUGCUCGGCGCGCCGCCGCCACCCCCGCCGCCGCCGCCUCUGGCCGAGCUGGCGGGAGCCCCGCACGCCCAUCACAAGAGGCCGCGCUUCGACGACGACGAGGACUCCCUCCAGGAGGCGGCCGUCGUGGCGGCAGCCAGCCUCUCGGCGGCCGCCGCCAGCCUCUCGGUGGCCGCGGCCUCGGGAGGCGCCGGGGCGGGCGGGGGCGGCGCCGGGGGCGGCUGUGUGACCGCUGUCGGCGUGGGCGCCGGCGCGGGGUCAGGCGCAGCAGCCGGCGCCAAAGGCCCGCGCAGCUACCCGGUCAUCCCGGUGCCCAGCAAGGGCUCCUUUGGCGGUGUCCUGCAGAAGUUCCCGGGCUGCGGGGGCCUUUUCCCGCACCCUUACACCUUCCCGGCCGCCGCCGCCGCCUUUGGCUUGUGCCACAAGAAGGAGGACUCGGGCGCAGCCGCCGAGGCCCUGGGGGGAGCCGGCGCCGGGAGCGCAGGUGCAGCGCCCAAGGCCGGGCUGUCGGGUCUCUUCUGGCCCGCAGGCCGCAAGGACGCCUUCUACCCGCCCUUCUGCAUGUUCUGGCCGCCGCGGACCCCCGGUGGGCUUCCUGUGCCCACCUACCUGCAGCCCCCGCCGCAACCUCCCUCUGCGCUCGGCUGCGCCCUUGGUGACAGCCCGGCCCUGCUGCGCCAGGCUUUCCUGGACCUGGCGGAGCCUGGCAGUGCGGGCGGGAGCGCGGAUGCCGCGCCCCCUCCGGGUCAGCCCCCUCCGGUCGUGGCCAACGGCCCCGGCUCCGGCCCGCCGCCGCCGGCGGGGGGCGCCGGCGCUCGCGACCCGCUCUUCGAGUCGCCCCCGGGCGGCAGCGGGGGGGACUGCAGCGCGGGAUCCACGCCGCCCGCAGACCCCGCGGCGACGUCCGGGGCGGGCGCCGCGUCCUCCGGGGCCGGCCCGGCGAGCGCCCGCGUGCCGGCUCCGCACCCCGCACACCUCCUGGAGGGGCGUAAGGCGGGAGGCGGCGGCUACCACCAUUCGAGCGCUUUCCGGCCGGUGGGCGGCAAGGACGACGCGGAGAGUCUGGCCAAGCUGCACUCGGCCCAAGCGCACCACCACCAUCACCACCACCACCAACCACACCAUCACCACCACCACCACCAUCCCCCGCAGCCACCGUCGCCGCUGCUGCUGCUGCCCCCGCAGCCCGACGAGCCAGCUUCUGAGCGCCACCACCCAGCGCCCCCGCCGCCGCCGCCUCCCCCGCCGCCGCCGCUGGCCCCGCAGCAGCCGCACCACCGAGGCCUUCUGUCCCCGGGGGGCACCAGCUGCAGCUACCCCAGCGAGGACAGCUCCGGAGACGAGGACGACGAGGAAGAAGAGCAGGAAGUGGACGUGGAGGGCCACAAGCCCCCCGAGGGCGAAGAAGAGGAAGAGGAAGGUCGAGACCCUGACGACGAGGAGGAGGAAGACGAGGAGACCAGAGUGCUGCUAGGAGACCCCUUAGUUGCGGGUGGCCGCUUCCUCCAGGGCCGAGGGCUGUCGGAGAAGGGGAGCAGGAACCGCGCCACUGCCGCCCCGGGCGCUUUCCCACUCGCCCUGAACUCCUCCAGGCUGCUGCAGGAGGACGGGAAACUGGGUGACCCCGGGGGCUCGGACCUGCCUUCGCUCCCACCCCCGCCCCUGGCGCCCCAGAAAGCCAGCGGUGGCAGUGGCAGCAGCCCCGGCAGUCCCGUCCACCAUCCAUCACUGGAGCAGCAGCCCUCCUACAAAGAUAAUCAGAAAACUAAGGAAAAUAACCAAGUUAUUGUAUCUACAAAGGAUGACAACAACUUUUCAGAUAAGAACAAGGAGCAUAGCUUCUUCAUCACAGACUCUGAUGCUUCUGGAGGAGAUUUUUGGAGAGAGAGAUCAGGUGAACACACACAAGAAACCAAUUCACCUCAUUCACUUAAAAAAGAUGUAGAAAAUAUGGGAAAAGAAGAACUUCAGAAGGUUUUAUUUGAACAAAUAGAUUUACGGAGACGACUAGAACAAGAAUUCCAAGUGUUAAAAGGAAAUACAUCUUUCCCAGUAUUCAAUAACUUUCAGGAUCAGAUGAAAAGGGAAUUAGCCUACAGAGAAGAAAUGGUGCAACAGUUACAAAUUAUCCCAUAUGCAGCAAGCUUGAUUAGGAAAGAGAAGCUUGGUGCCCAUCUCAGCAAAAGCUAA